AUGGCCUUCCUCAUCCGCCUCAUCUCUGAGCGAUCCUUCUCCGGCCUCCCCCCCACUGCUGCCCUCCGGAGGGAGAUAGUGCAGCGCCUAGCCAUCGGCAACGCCACCCGCAGCAGCGUCGUCAAGUCCCUCCCCCCCCGCUUCGCUGAAAACCCCGCCAUUCCUGCUGUUCUCGCCUCCGUUGCGGAUUAUUCCCGCCCCUCGGGUAUGGAACAGGGGCGGUACUUACUUAAAAGAGACUGUUACCGGGAGCUGGAUCUGUACUGCUUAAGAUGGGCGCCUAGGGAGUUGCAGCGGGCGGAAGAGAGGUAUGCGGAUGCGGUUAAGAGAUCGGCGGUUGUGGAGCAGACGCCUAGGUGGCGCGAUCCUGUCCGUCCGUUGAUGGGGCUGCGGGAGAUCGCCACGUCAGCGGGCGUGCAUGAUGUGGUGCUGUCGGUGGUGCUGCACGCGUGGUGGGAUGAGGAGGGGCGGGAGAUGAGCUACAGAGAAACAGGAGGCAGCAACGGUGUCGGCAGUGGGAGUGGGAGUGGAAGUGGGGGGAAUGGGUUAACCCGAGCGUCUGAUACUCCGUUCGAAGCACGGCUCCCUGACAACAGCGGCAGCGGCGGCGGCAGUAGCGGCAGCAGCACUGCCGCGAGUCUGUUCGGCCUGCUGCCAGGAGCAACGCUCUCCUCUCACUGGCUUCGCGCGUCCCACGCUGCCCCGGUCUCCCUGCUUGCUCUCCUCGUGCGCCUCCUGCUGUGCUGGCAGCGGCAGGCAGGGAUGAAGCACAGCACCGCUGCUGCUGGUGGCAGUGAAGGGAUGGGAUUAGGAGUUGGAGAUGAAGGUAGGGGGAGGGAAGGCGAGGAGGGACGAGGCACAGCAGUUGGGGAGAGGUCAGGCGGAGCAGGAAGGGGGGAAGGGGGUGAGGGACGGGCGGAGCUGCAUGUUUUGGUGCUGCGGCUGCUUAAGCGUUUCGCUCAGCUAAGCGACGAGUGCAGGAGGGCUCUGGAGGUGCUUUGCCCGGAGGAGUUUGAUAAGGGGAAGGGGAAGGCAGUGGUUGCAGGGGGUGGGGGGGGAGCUGGGGAAGCGGGGGAGGCAGCGGCAGCAAGGGCAGGAGGAGCAGGAGGAGCAGGGGGAGCAGGUGUGGGGGGUGAGGGCGGUGUGGGAGUAGGGGGCAGUGAGACAGAGGUUGGAGAGAGUGGGAGGGGAAGUGGUGGUGGUGGCGGGGGUGGUGAGGAGAAGGGAGAGGGCGGGACGUUGAGUGAAGCCGAUGCAAAGAAGGCGUUUGCUCGGGCGAGGCAGCAAGCGCUGCUGGUGCUGCUCUAUUGCCUGUCAGGUGCUGCUCUGUUGCCUGUCAGGUGCUGCUCUGUUGCCUGCCAGGUGCUGCUCUGUUGCCUCCCAGGUGCUGCUCUGUUGCCUCCCAGGUGCUGCUCUAUUGCCUGUCAGGUGCUGCUCUGUUGCCUCCCAGGUGCUGCUCUAUUGCCUGUCAGGUGCUGUUCUGUUUCCUCCCAGGUGCUGCUCUCUGUUGCUCUUGACCGCCCCUCCCCCACUUGGCAGCACGGUGCUCGUGCCCCUGCUGUCCCUGCUGCCCUUGCUGCCCCCACUGCCCCUGCUGAUCUUGCUACCCCGCCUACUGCCACCCACACUGCUGGUGUUGGUGUAACUGGUGCAGGGGGGACUGGGGCAGGUGCGACUGGGGCAGGGGCCACUGGAGGGCAGCAGCAACAGGGGUUGGGGCAAGCGGUGAUUGUGCUGGGGGGAGCACGUGCAGCUGCUGCAGCUGGUGCCGCUGGUGGGGCGACGGCAGCAAGAGUGGGGACGGGGACAGGGGCAGGGGCAGGGCCAGGGGGGGUCGGCGCAGGGAUAGGCACAGCUGCUGCUGCAGCAGCAACAGGAACAAUGACAAACGGAGCAGCAGGAGAAGCUACGACAAACGGAGCAGCAGGAACAGCAGGAACAGCAGGAGCAGCAGGAGCAGCAGGAGCAGCAGGAACAGCAGGAGCAACAGGAGCAGCAGGAACAGCAGGAGCAGCAGGAACAGCAGGAGCAGCAGGAGCAGCAGGAGCAGCAACAACCACAGGGACGUGGGUGCAAGCUACAGAAUUCCUAGACUGGAUCAGAGCGACCCUGCGCGAGGGGGGAGGUGGCCCUGUGACUGUACAGGGGCCGCGGGGCGAGUGGCAGGUGGACGGGGAAGAUUUGAUGGACAUUCUGCAGCAGGAACUACAGGGGGAGGUGCGAUUCACCACCACUAUAGUCACAGGGGACGGGUGGGCGGGCGGGGUGGGGGAUGUGACGGGUGGGGGAGUGGGAGGGGGUGGGGAUGGGUUGGGAGUGGGGUUGGGGCCUGGUGGGGUGGGGGGAACGGGCAGGGGGGAGAGGGGAGGAGGGGGUGCGGAAGGGGCGGUCGCAGGAGAGGGCGGGGGAGGGCACGGGGGGAGGGACGAAGGGGGCACUGAGGGGCGAGGAAGGGAAGGAGGGGAAAUAGGGGUGGGGGCGAGCGAGGAGGAGACGAGAGAAGAAGAGGAAGAGGAAGGGGAAGAGGAGGAAGAGGAGGAAGAGGGGGAGGAGGAAGAGGAGGAAGAGGGAGAGGAAGGGGGGGAGGAGGAGGGGGAGGAUGAGAUGAUGGACGGGCAGGGGUUGCUGCUGCUGGGGGAGGAAGAGAUGGGAGAGGCGGGGGUGGAAAUGUUCUCAGAUACUGAUGAUGAUGAAGGUGAUGCUGAUGGUGAUGUUGCGGAUGGGGAUGAUGGGAAUGGUGUGGAGGAGGGUGGUGCUGGUGCUGGUGGGGAUGGCGAUGGGGAUGAGUUGAUGCUAGAUGCUGCGAGUCAGGGGUUGGAAGAGGAUGGGGAUGAGGGGCAGCAAGAGGGGGGACCAGGGGAGCAGCAAAUGGGGCAGGCCCAAGGGGUGACGGGGGCAGCAGCAGCAGUGGAGCAAGCUGGUGCAGCAGCAGCAGGGGCAGAAGCAGCAGCAGCAGCAGUGGAGCAGGCAGGUGCAGGUGGCACGGGCGCUCAUGGUGUAACCAUAGUGCCGCCCGUUGCUGCAGUACCGCCCGUUGCCACACUGCCGGCUGCUACAGGCACAGCGGCUCCUGGAACCACAGCAGGAGCAGCCACCGAACUAACUGGGGGAGGGCAAGGGGCUGGGGGGGAAGCGCGAGCAGGGGCAGGGGGAGGAGCGGGGGGGGCGCGUGCAGGGACAGGGGGAGGAGCAGGGGGAGCGCGUGCAGGGGCAGGGGGGGCACGAGCAGGGGAAGGGGGAGCUGGCGCAGCCAGGGGGAGGUUGGAUGCAGUGCAGGCUGCAGCGGGGGAGGUGUUUCGCGGGUUCUGGAUGAACAUUCCCCCCAUCAGGCGCACUGCCAGGCUGAGGCGGAGGGGCAUCUCGGGGAGGGCGGAUCUGUGUGAAGGGGUGUGGGCAUGUGAUACAUCAUUCGUGCAUGGACCAGUAUUUCUCAAGUCUCUACCAGAGGUGAGUGUGGCGCUGCUAGUGGUGAGUAGGUAUCUGAGUGGUUCUUUCUAUGAAGGCUCGUCUGUAGUGGACCCUGAAGCGGGCGAGUUCCUGUGCCCCGUGUGCCGCCGUCUCGCCAACGCCACGCUCCCUCUGCUCCCAUCUCGCUCCCCGCCUCUGCCCUCCCCACCCAUUCCCUCGCAUCCCCUCCCAACUCCUCUGCCCUCUUCUCCUCUCCCUGGGGCUCCCCCCUCCACCCCCCUUGCCGCACCUGCUGAGACCCAAGGACGGGCACAAGAAGCAGUGCAGAUUGGAGCAGCAACAGCAGGAGAAGGGUUUGUAGCAGCAGGAGAAGCAGCAGCAGCAGCAGUGCCGAGAGUAGCAGCAGGAGAGACCGGAAUGCUUGGUUCAGAAGACACGUCAAGUGGUGCGUCUGGUUUGGCUGGUGUAGUGUGGAGAAUAAGAGAGGCGGAGAGCAGGGAGGCUAUAGAGGCCACAGCCAUGCGCAUCUGCCAGGUGGCGCGCUCCGAUUCGUCGAGAUUCCGCCACGUGGCGCUUGGCCGUGAGCUACAAGGCCUGCUGAUCUGGCAGAGUCUGGAAUACACCGCUGCCUGCGCUGAGCUGGCAGGGCGAGGGGCGCCACCUGGCUGUCCAGCUGGCAGGGUUGACACGUCAGCACAGUUCUGGGGGCUGGGGGAGACGGCUUCGGCUAGGAUGAGGACAGGUGGCACAAUGUGGUUGGCUACUGCUGAGGCGAGAGUCGCGGCAUUGGCUGCUUGUGCGGAGGAGGAAGGGUGGAAGGGGGAGUGGAUGGAGGGAAGAGCAGAGGGAGAGGGGAGCGGGUGUGAGGGAGCAAGCAUGAGGGGGCAAGAGAGAGGUGGGUCCAGCAGUGGAAUGCAAAUAGGGAGUUCAAGAGGCAUGGGGGUGGGAGGGGAUGCCAGCAGUAGUGGUCAAGAGAGGAGUGAGGAAGGUGGAGGGAACAGCAUAGGAAGAGAGGUGAGCGGUGGUGAGGAGAGGAGCAGUGGUGGUGAAGGGGAGAGCAGCAGUGAUACUAUGGAGGAGGAGAGGAGGUAUCAGGAGUUGAGGAGGCAGCUUAUAGAGAAGAUGCAGGGGAGGGCGCAAGGGGGGGCGAAAGGGGGGGCGCACGGGGGAGCCCAAGGGGGGAGGAAGAGGAAGGCGGAGGGCACAGUGGGGGCACUGGCACGGCUGGCAGUGGCGCAGGCAUCUCACAGCACACACGCUGUCAUGCUCAGGACACGUGGCAUGUUGCUAUUGGUGGACAGCUUGGCCCCUGGGACACCGUUGGAAGCAGCACAAUCCGCACCUCUUGUUGCAGCCGUCCCUUCAUCUGGUUCUCCCCAUCCCUCCCACCCCUCCCAUCCCUCCUCCUCCUCUGCUUCCACGUCCACCUCCCCACCUCCCUCUCUCCCCUCCUCCCUCACCACCGCCCCAUCCCCAUCCUCUCCCCCGGAGGAAAACGCCUUUCUCCGCCUCCUCGCCUCCCCCGCUCUCGUCCGUGACCCGUUCCUCUCCCUCUCCCGCCUCCUCUACUGCCUCCUCCCACUCCCCCUCCCCCACCUCGCCUCACCUUCCCACCCAUCUCAACACACAGCUUCAGGUUUGUUGGAGCAUAAAGUAAGCGGAGAGGAGGGCACGGCGGGUGUGGUGAGGGAUGCAGUGCAUCUGGCAUACACAGCAGCGGUGGCUCAAUCCCUGCUGCUCCUCGCCCCUGCUGCCAUCCGCCUGGGCUUGCUUCCAGCAUCCGCAAGCCCUUCUGGCGUUCCCGAGCCUACCCCUGCCGAGCCUGCUGGUGCCGGGCCUGCCCUGCCGCCAUUCCUCUCAUCUCUGCUCACCUCCAUGCUGCAAGCGCUCGCACCGGCUUCCCAAACUGCUGCUGUUGCUGCACUCGCAACACUAGCAACACCUUCGCUCGCCACAUCUCCCUCUCCCUCCACCUCCUCCCCCUCCACCUCUCCCUCCUCCCCCUCGUCACCUCUCCUCCCCGACCUGCUCCUCCAGCAGACCUCAUUCCUAGAAGCCGUGCGUCGCCUCUCCCUGCCCUUCCUGCGCCGCUCUGCCCUCCUCCUGCACCUCCUCUCCCGCAACGUCCUCCCUCUGCUGCUCAUGCCCUCCGCGCCUCCCUUGCUCUUCCCCUCCCAACCGUCAGCCAUCCCCUCCCACCCCUCAGUGUUGGCACAGCAGGAGGUGGCGGAAGCAGCAGUGUGGGAGCGGGAGUUCCAGCUGCCUCCGCUCUCUGUGCUUCUCUCUGACCCUGCUGCUGUGCACCUCAUACUCUACUGGUGCCACCACGCUGCUGCUGCUUCUGCUGCUGCUGCUGCUGCUUCUGCUGCUAAUGCUGCGACCGCUGCUAGGCCAGGCUCGUCACCUGCUGCUCCUGCAGCAGCACUGGCAGAAGUAGCAGCAGCAGCAGCAGCAGCAGCACCGGCAGCUGCAACGGCGGCAGCAGCAGCGACUGCAGUUAUCUCUCCCUUGUCGUUGCACCAGCCAUCGCUCGCCUUGCCCUUCCGCCUCGUCUCCCUCCCCCACCGAUACCUCGACUUCUUCCAACGCUACGUGAAUGAGCCGUGUGCAUCGUGCCCGCUGGUGCCUUUUGAGGCGCCUUCAAUGUCUCCUUCCUCUCCUCCUUUCCCCCCACCUUGUCCCCCCCUCUCCCACAGCUACGUGAAUGAGCCGUGUGCAUCGUGCCCGCUGGUGCCUUUUGAGGCGCCUUCAAUGUCUCCUUCCUCUCCUCCUUUCCCCCCACCUUGUCCCCCCCUCUCCCACAGCUACGUGAAUGAGCCGUGUGCAUCGUGCCCGCUGGUGCCUUUUGAGGCGCCUUCAAUGUCUCCUUCCUCUCCUCCUUUCCCCCCACCUUGUCCCCCCCUCUCCCACAGCUACGUGAAUGAGCCGUGUGCAUCGUGCCCGCUGGUGCCUUUUGAGGCGCCUUCAAUGUCUCCUUCCUCUCCUCCUUUCCCCCCACCUUGUCCCCCCCUCUCCCACAGCUACGUGAAUGAGCCGUGUGCAUCGUGCCCGCUGGUGCCUUUUGAGGCGCCUUCAAUGUCUCCUUCCUCUCCUCCUUUCCCCCCACCUUGUCCCCCCCUCUCCCACAGCUACGUGAAUGAGCCGUGUGCAUCGUGCCCGCUGGUGCCUUUUGAGGCGCCUUCAAUGUCUCCUUCCUCUCCUCCUUUCCCCCCACCUUGUCCCCCCCUCUCCCACAGCUACGUGAAUGAGCCGUGUGCAUCGUGCCCGCUGGUGCCUUUUGAGGCGCCUUCAAUGUCUCCUUCCUCUCCUCCUUCCCCCCCACCUUGUCCCCCCCUCUCCCACAGCUACUUGGUGCCAGAGCAGCCACCCAACUGCCUGCUCUCUGCUGCGCUGCUCUGCGUAUCCCCCACGUGGGUGGCUCGCACUGCCCCACGUGGGUGGCUCGCACUGCCCCACGUGGGUGGCUCGCACUGCCCCACGUGGGUGGCUCGCACUGCCCCACGUGGGUGGCUCGCACUGCCCCACGUGGGUGGCUCGCACUGCCCCACGUGGGUGGCUCGCACUGCCCCACGUGGGUGGCUCGCACUGCCCCACGUGGGUGGCUCGCACUGCCCCACGUGGGUGGCUCGCACUGCCCCACGUGGGUGGCUCGCACUGCUCCACGUGGGUGGCUCGCACUGCCCCACGUGGGUGGCUCGCACUGCCCCACGUGGGUGGCUCGCACUGCCCCACGUGGGUGGCUCGCACUGCCCCACGUGGGUGGCUCGCACUGCCCCACGUGGGUGGCUCGCACUGCCCCACGUGGGUGGCUCGCACUGCCCCACGGGUGGCUCGCACUGCCCCACGUGGGUGGCUCGCACUGCCCCACGUGGGUGGCUCGCACUGCCCCACGUGGGUGGCUCGCACUGCCCCACGUGGGUGGCUCGCACUGCCCCACGUGGGUGGCUCGCACUGCCCCACGUGGGUGGCUCGCACUGCCCCACGUGGGUGGCUCGCACUGCCCCACGUGGGUGGCUCGCACUGCCCCACGUGGGUGGCUCGCACUGCCCCACGUGGGUGGCUCGCACUGCCCCACGCCACCAGUCUCCUCUCACUCUUCACAUCCAAUGCUUCAAAAUAUUAACCCACCCCCCCUUGCCUCCAGCCCGCCCCUGCUUGCUCCCAGCCUGGCUUCCCGUUGAUCCCUCGCUUCUCCCACCGCCUUAG